CUCUUUUCCUUCUCAUUUUAUUUUCUCUCUCUCUAAAAAAGUUGAAGAAAGAGAAAAUGGGUACGUGUGCUACAAAACCUAAAGAUUUGAAGGAGGAAGCAGGGAUCAAGGCUCCUCUGCCUCUUGAAGAGAAGGAGACCAAGGUUGAAGACAAAGAGGAUGAGAACAAGCGCAAAUCUCUUAGCCAUUUGUUUAGAGAGAGUGAAAAGAGAAGAGAAGUGUCAGCAAAUAAUGGAGACGCUACAGUAAAAGAAGGCAUCAAUGCAUCACAAGUUGAAACCAAAGGAGAACAGAAAGAAGAGACUAAGGCACCAGUUCAUCCUGCUCAGCAUUCUGAAACUGCGAGAACAACUGAAACUGCGAAAACUAUCGAAGAAACUGACAUUCCAGUAUCAGAAACAGCUACUGAGACCCCUGCAUCCGAAACAAAUUUUGUGGAGGUCGAGGGGGUAAAGGAAAUAGUCGAGAAUCCUAAUGUCGAGCAAAAGGUAUCAGUAGUUGAGGAGAAGAAAGAUGGUAAGUUCGAGCAAAAGGUAUCAGUAGUUGAGCAAAAGGUAUCAGUAGCUGAGGAAAAUUCUGCUGCAGAGAAGAAGGAGGAUGCUUCAUCGAAUGUUGAUUAGAGUGAUGGUUUGGUGUUCUUAAGAAAUUAGGGGGCAUGAAUUUGAUAAUUGCUUGUAAAUUGAAGGUUUGUUUGCUGUUGCAAUGUUGUGCGCAGCGGAACUCUAAUCACACGAACAAGAACGAGGUAGAACAGAAAACCCAGUUUUUUCUGCUUUCUUUCUUGAGUUCUCCACAUGCUAGAGUUAAGCUGACUCCCUGCUAUUUGUACUCGAUCGAACUAUUAAGAAUUUAUUUAGAUGCAGAUUGCAUA